CUACGCCCCGACCCAGCACCUGGAGCGCGAGCAGGCCCUGGCCAAGCAGUUCGCCGAGAUCCUGCACUUCACCCUCAGCUUCGACGAGCUCAAGAUGACCAACCCUGCCAUCCAGAACGACUUCAGCUACUACAGACGGACCAUCAGCCGGAACCGCAUCAACAACCUGCAGCUGGAUGCUGAGAGCGAGGUGAACAACGAGAUGGCCAACAGGAUGUCCCUGUUCUACGCCGAGGCCACCCCCAUGCUGAAAACCCUCAGCAACGCCACCACCAAGUUCGUGUCAGAGAACAAGACCCUCCCCAUUGAGGACACGACUGACUGCCUGAGCACCAUGGCCUGCGUGUGCAGGGUGAUGCUGGAGACGCCGGAGUACCGGAGCCGCUUCACCAACACCGAGACCCUGCUCUUCUGCAUGAGGGUGAUGGUCGGUGUCAUCAUCCUCUAUGACCACGUGCACCCCGUGGGGGCCUUUGCCAAGACCUCCAAGAUUGAUAUGAAAGGCUGCAUUAAAGUCCUGAAGGACCAACCCUCAACCAGCACCGAGGGGCUCCUGAACGCUCUGAGGUACACCACUCGGCACCUCAACGACGACACCACGUCCAAACAGAUCCGGGCCCUGCUGCAGUGAGGGCGGCGUGGCCACCGGGGCCGCAGUCACCGUGUCACCCAUGACCAUACAGCUCAUUUUGUACAGAGGGAAAAGGGACAGCGAGGAACGCACAGAAACGCUAAAAACAAAUCAAACCGGGUCCGGGCUCCUGCCCCCCUCCCCAACCCCUUGCCAGCCCCAAAUCAGCGCCUGCUCCUGGACACGAGGUGUGGGUGACACCAUGGGUGGCACCGUGGGGACACGGGACAGGGGCCAGGCAGGAGAGACCCGGGCAAGGGAAUGCUGGUGGGGCUGGCAGCAGGGUGCCCAUGGCACGGGGGCACCUUGGGCAGGGGGCAGCUGGUGCCCCUGUCCCCAUGCUGGUCCCCAAGAGGAGGAGGAGGAUGAGGAGCAGAAGGAAGAAGUAUCCCUGUGGAUCUGCACUGACUCUGGAGGAAACGGCUCAGUCUCACCUGGUAGAUUUUUAAUACGAGCAAUUAAACCCACACUCACCUCUUCUUUUCUACAUUUUUUUUUUUUGGGUGUGAAAUAAAAUUACAUUUAAUCUGUU